AGCAACGCAACCUUCUUCGUCUUCUCCUCAACAACGGCAUCGCAAGACAAAAUGCCGCCAAAGAGGAAAGCAUCGGCGAACGUUUCGGGGACAGCCAAGUCUGGCCGGACGUCAGCUGCUUCUACGCCUGGACCCUCGACUCCUCGGGACAUCGAUAGCGACGAUGACGAUUCCGAUCUUCCCCCGGCAGACGACACCAACCCAAACGAGGAGCAAAUUGCGAAUGCCGUGGACCGCUUCUCGUUGGCCUUUUACCAGGACAAGAAAGAUAGAGGCCUUAUAGAUAGCGCCAGUAGGCACUUUGGCGGUGGUAGUCGAGAUUUUUCCUAUUUACCGCUGCGGCAAGACUAUAGAUCUCGCCCUAUAUGGAUUGACCCACAAAGAGGGCGCAUCAUCCUCGAGAACUUCAGUCCCCUGGCUGAGCAGGCCAAGGACUUUCUAAUCACAAUUGCAGAGCCUCUGUCGCGACCGACCUACCUCCACGAGUAUGCUCUCACCACCCACAGUUUAUAUGCCGCCGUCUCCGUCGGCCUGCAACCUCAGGAUAUCAUCAAUACCCUUCAGCGAUUCUCCAAAACCGUCUUGCCAGACUCCAUCCGUUCGUACAUUGAAAACUCGGCCUCGGCGUAUGGCAAAGUCAAGCUUGUCAUCAAGAACAACAAGUACUACGUUGAAAGCAACGAUGCCGACGUCCUGCAGAAACUCUUGAAGGACCCCGUCAUCGGACCAUGCCGUGUGCAGGGAACUGACAUCACAACUGCCGCACCUUCCAUGGGAGGUCUGGUAAUUCCUGGUACAUCAAAUGCGGCAGGUGUACAGCAAGCGCAAGUGCAGCAGGCAGAAAAGUCCGGAGAGGAGGCCGCUGCUCCUGACAAAGCCCAGCCAGCAGCUGCUAUUCAGGCAUUGAGAGAGGAAGAUGACGACGACAACGAAGAAGCUGUUCACGCAUUCGAAAUUUACGACACCGACAUUGAAAAAGUCCAAAAGCAAUGUCUUGCCAUUCAAUAUCCCAUCCUCCAAGAGUACGAUUUCCGCAACGACGACCGGAAUGCGAACCUCGAGAUCGACCUCAGACCCAAUACUCAGAUCCGGAGCUACCAAGAAAAGAGCCUCAGUAAGAUGUUCGGUAACGGUAGAGCCAAGAGUGGUAUCAUUGUGCUUCCCUGCGGCGCUGGGAAGACGCUUGUGGGCAUCACAGCUGCCUGCACUAUUAAGAAGGGGUGCAUCGUGCUUUGCACCAGCACAAUGUCUGCACAUCAAUGGCGUGAAGAAUUUAUCAAGUGGUCUAAUAUUCGACCCGAAGACAUUGCUGUCUUCAGUGCCGACACCAAGCAACGUUUUCCUGGAAAUACGGGCAUCAUUGUAACCACGUACCCGAUGGUGACACAAUCUGGCAAGCGCGCGUACGACUCGCAGAAGAUGAUGGACUUUCUCACGGGACGAGAAUGGGGUUUGAUGCUGCUGGACGAGGUACACGUUGUUCCUGCCAACAUCUUCCGGAAGGUGUCAUCUCACAUUAAGAGCCAUUCAAAGCUGGGUCUGACGGCUACAUUGCUCCGAGAAGAUGACAAAAUCGGAGACCUUAACUUCCUGAUCGGGCCCAAGCUUUUUGAAGCAAACUGGAUGGAGCUGUCCGAACAAGGCCACAUUGCGAAGGUCCAGUGCGCCGAGGUUUGGUGUCCCAUGACCACCGAGUUCUACGACAAGUACCUGAAUACGAAUGACCGGGCCUUGAAGCAGAACCUUUACGUCAUGAACCCUCGCAAAAUCCAGGCUCUCCAGUUUCUCAUUGAGUAUCAUGAAAAUCGUGGGGACAAGAUCAUUAUAUUUUCGGACAACGUCUAUGCCUUGAAGUAUAUCGCGGGACCCGCCUGCCUUGCAAAAACAAUGAUCCACGGUGGGACCAGCAACUCGGAACGGAUGUUCAUUCUGGAGAACUUCAAGCACAACACCAAUGUCCGGUCGAUAUUCCUUUCCAAGGUCGGCGACACAUCUCUGGACCUUCCCGAGGCUACCUGUCUAAUCCAAAUAUCGUCUCAUUAUGGGUCGCGGCGUCAAGAGGCGCAGCGCUUGGGUCGAAUUCUACGAGCAAAGCGUCGUUCAGACGAGGGAUUCAACGCGUUUUUCUAUUCACUAGUCUCCAAAGACACCACGGAGAUGUACUACUCGACCAAACGCCAAGCUUUCCUUGUUGACCAAGGCUACUCCUUCAAGGUGAUCACUCAGCUAUCUGGCAUGGACAAGAUGAAAAACCUCGUGUUUUCAACGGCCGAGUCACGGCGCGACCUCCUAACCACAAUCGAGACAGACACCAAGGACAAGAAAGAUGCCGAUCUGGACGCAGGCAUAGACGACCUUUUCAAUAAUACCGGCAGGAGGAGAGGUGUGAAGCGGACAGCUGGGGCCUUGGAAGAACUCAGCGGCGCACAGGGUAUGGCUUAUAUGGAAAGAAAGGGUGGCAAGGGCUCGAAGAAGAAGCCAACAAGCAAUGCCUUCUUCAAAAAAUUGUCAAGGGAGAAGGCGAGGAUUCAUGAAAGCAAGGAUCAAUGAACAGAGAGUGAUGUUGUACUACCAUGCAUGGGUGGAGUUUGGAUGGUGUUGACUUUAUAGGAAAAUGGCAUAGGAUGCUUAAGAAAAAUACCCGAGAGUGUUAUAGUAGAGGUGGCAAAUGCGAAUACAUAAGAAUCUAGAUAUUGAC